GGCGCCGCCUGAGGGCGGGGGGUACGAACGGGAACCUGCCGGCGGUGCUGCCGGAGGACGCUUCCUCAGAUCCAUUGUGAGACGGUGUCAAUGGGAAAUUAGCAGUCAGCUGCACACCGUCCGCCUCCAGCGUGGCCCUGGGGAGCUGCAGUGCUGCUGAGAGGAGCCCAGGAGUCUGCAGGCUGUGCUCCGUUUUUUCCACGUAGCUGAAGGAAUACCCUGACGCAGUGCUCCAGCAGCAGGCGGGGCAACAGAGAUGCUGGGUGUGGAACAGUCUCUGCGUGGCCCAGUUUGGAGCAGACUGAUAAGGCUCCUUGUUUCUUAGCAACCACGAUCUGCCGUAGCCAGGAGCCUGCCCUUCUGCAGCUGGAGGGACAAUUCUGAAUGUCUCAACCCUCUGUCUUGCACCAAGACUGUUGUCUUUCCUGGGCAUGGAGGUGCCGUACAUCCUUCUCUUAACCAGACUUGUAGCAGAAGUUGCCAGCAAAUCUCCUGAAAGUUCGGUUUCAGAAACGGAAUGUUGUGUGGACAUGUUGGAGUCAAACAGUUCCUGUCCAGUAGCCAACCAGUGCAGCCCAGGUUGUUACAGACGGUGGAACGAGGAUGGGAGUAGCAGCUGCAUUAAGUGCAAAAAUGAAACUCUUCCUGUUGCUACUGUUUACAAUCUGACUGAUUGCAGAAACACUGGUAUCAGAGGGAUGAAUUUCCAGAUGAAUAUAAGCACUGUAACUCCUUUCGUACAGAACAUAGGGGGUCCGGAAGUGGCAGCUUCUCUCAUCUUAGGGACGUUUUUCAUCAGCUUAUUCCUGAUUCUGUCUGUCGCUUCUUUCUUCUACCUCAAGCGUGCCAAUAAACUUCCUAAUGUGUUCUACAGAAGGAACAAAGCGUCUGUUCUCCAGCCUAGUGAAACAGCAUCCAUGAUACCUCCCCCAGCUACUUCAGUUCGGAAGCCGCGAUACGUCAGACGAGAACGGUCACUAGUGACAUCUGCAUCCGCUGCUAUGAUCUCAUCUUCCGAAACCAGGGUCAGCAACGUUUAGCCUUCGCUCCCGCCCGAGGACUCUGUCACUGGACGCAGCGUUGAAGAAACUUUUUCUGAAUCCACUGAAGUGCCAGGCAGCGAGCGGCUGACCGAAAUGGGAGCCAAAUUACUGCGUCAAAAGAGUUUGUGCCAAAAGCGACCGGGGAGAUGAGCUCGGGUAAAGAUGCUGAGGGCAGGGCCGCAUCCAGUUCUGUGAACUGCUUUCGUCAUCUCGAAAUGCACUAUUCCAGCUCUGUGGUUUCCUUUGUCUCCCACAGAGGCCGCGUUUAACCUUGACAGUAUCCGCCUUUCUUUGGUACGCUUUCAGUUUCGGCAAGUUCUUCCUGUGUCGCGAUACGUUCUGUGGCCCCAGAGUGGAACUGGGGGAAGCCAAGGAUGCGGGGUUGUUUGAAGGGCCCGUUUGUAACAGCAAACACUAAGUGCCACUGCUUUAAUGUUCUAGGACAAUGUAACAGUACUUAAAUUGUGCUAUUAAAAAAGAAACGAACGCAAAAACACCUCCUGAAACGUCCCCUUCCGCUUCUGAAGUAGCUGACCCUGGUUUUUAACUCUAAUUACAGGCCCACCGUUCAAAUGCUGUUAGUGCUUUUGACGACUGGCUGGUAGGGGUCGGAUCCCAACGGGUUCGUGCGCUUCGGCAGCUUCUCAGCUAGCUUCAGCUCAGUCCUUGGGCGAAGAACCGUUCGCUCUGGCUUUGCAGUCGGUAGGCCGCUACGCCUGUCCCGCAAAGACAGUCUCUAGUAUCUUCCUUGUACACAGCAGGUGAAAAGAAACCAAAAUUCCUGCAGGGGAUCUUUGCACCUGUGAGACGUGCCAGUGAGCGUCAAGAUGAACUUGAGAGGUCAGGUGAAUUUCCAUGGAUGCAAUAAGCGGUUUCUUUUCUCAAGCCUUUCCUUAAGGUGCCUGACUUGUGCAGGCCAGCACCUUAGGGCGGAAUCCUUGCUGAAAGCACCAGCCUAAAUAGCACCUCAGAGGCCCGCUUUUGCCCAUCUGAUGUCAGACGAGUAGCCGCUCUGGAAAGUGAAGCAGCUGUAAAACCUUCCUUGGUUAGGCUAGGCUACCUUGCAUCAAGUUGGUUCCUGGCACGGCUGACUGUCGCCAUGUGAACGUUGGGAUUGGCACGGUGGGCACAACGGUACGGGCGUGAGAGUGGGUGACAGGGAAAUGACUGGAAGACUCGGGGUUGCUAAAUUGGUGGAAGCGUCGCUGUCACCAUAUGUGAAAUUCUCUCUAAGCAGCCUGUGCGUUCCCACCUACCUGUGUUGCUAUUGCCCGUCUUAGUUUAGCUGGAGCUCGGUUACGGGUCUGUGCUCCUAAAAUAAAUUACUUUGAAGCUUUUUAUCAUCAGCCGCUGCCGUGAACAUAACGGUCGGGAACUGGAACAGUCAGUUCUCUUCAAAAAACGGGGACGUAAGUGUCACGAGCUGAUGCCAUACCCAUAUGGAGAGCGCAGACCUUUUUAUCCGGAUUCCUUCUCUCUGAGGUUAAGAGCUUAUCCAGAGCUGGGCAGGGAUAUCUUACUGAAUAGGCCUCUUUUUAUGGAAGUUUCAGUGCAGCUGCGUGUCCUCGCAUCUCUCUCCUUCGGAGGCAAACGAGAUCUCCUCUAGCAUCCAAACAAGCGAGGGCAAAGGCUGGGGAUAAAGAAAAACCCUCAAAGAAGCAGCCUGCCCCCGAGUGAGGGGAAAAGCAAAACCGAAAAACAACCCCACACCACCCUAGAGCUGCUGACAUAGAAACAGCAGAUCUCUUUCUGUCAAAAGGGUGUAAAAAGCUUUUGUUCUGGCAGACAAAACUAAGGACGGCAGAGAUGCCAUUUGAGACACUUCGGCUUUCAAUCCGAAAUGCGCUUACGGUUCUUACCUUCCCUGUUCAGGAAGUGGCAGUUUUGACUGUGAUUUCCGUGGUUUUUUCAUGUUUGUGCCGCCGUGACUUUUAUUUCUUUUUCCCCCACGCUGAGAAAUCGUUGGGAGGUUACAGGUUUUUCCCUGACCUCAGUUGCUGAAUGUUUUCUUAACCUUUUGAGGAAAAGGAGUAACUAUGCAAAUAACGUAACGCCAAGAAAAGGCACCUUUUGAAAGCAGGGAGCUUCUGCUUGCAAGCCUGUCAGCGAUAGAGCAUCCGUGUGUUGCUUAGUUGCAAGACGUAUUGUUUCUGCACAUAAAUUAUUGAGGGAUGGUUCGUGUCGCAGCGUUGUCUGAUCCUCAAGUGCGCACUGUGGCUUCGGUUGCGUCCAACCUCUGUGCCGUCAAGUCCUUCCUCAGCCACAGCAUCUCUCCUCCUUUCUGCUGCUUCUCCCCAGCACGCUCUUCAAGUGCAGUGAGCGCUUAUUCCUGUCUGUUUGUUUCAGGAUCUCUUCACCUUUUGCAAUUGCUCUCUGACACAGUGGACUCCUGAUCCAAACGGUUCUUUAUUCAUUUGCACUGUCAGUGUAAGCGUAGAAUGUGUUUUGGUUUCGGUCUCCCUCCACCGUAAUACCGGAUAUAAUAUGUAGAAUGGGCUUGAACAAACCAUGACAUUUAAUGUAUUGGUGUAUUUUUUCAACUGUGCCCAAAUAAACGUCUCUGAGCUUUCCUAAUGA